AUGAAACGCGGCCAGAAAUGCACCCUGACUGCCACUGAAGGGGUUCGCAAUGAUACCUGCUUUCAAGGCACUGUGCCUGACUAUUAUGUGGAUGCCCAAUCGGUUGAAGACAUCCAGAAGAGUCUCCGGUUUGCUCAGCAGCACAAGCUUCCCAUCACCGUAAAGAAUACUGGCCAUGAUUACAGGGGCGGAAGCGCCGGCGUCAAUACGUUUGCCAUCUGGACGCACAACUUCGCUCCUGACCCAGUGAUUACAGAAAACUUCACUCCCGAUGGGUGCCCUGGCCCUGUCGGACCUGUUGUAACGUACCACGCCGGCCAAAUCGGUACUCAUCUGUACAGCAGCCUCCAGGGGACAGGCUAUAUGAGCGUAGCCGGUUCGUGUUCUACUGUCGGACCUUCGGGAGGAUGGGUUGCUGGCGGUGGCCACGGCAUCUUUGCGCCAUCCUUUGGCCUCGGCGUGGAUAACGCCCAGCAGAUGAAAGUCGUACUGCCCAACGGAACUUAUGUAACGGCAAAUCGAUGCCAGAACCAAGACAUCUUCUUUGCUCUUCGUGGCGGUGGCGGAGGUACUUUUGGAGUGGUGACAGAAACCACCACCCUGCUUCACAAGGACCAGGAAUUCUCGUUUGUGUUCUUGCAAAUGCCGGUACAGGACGUUCGCGCAGCCAACGAGAUUCUGGUUGCAAAUGCUGAGAGAUGGUCCGAUGAGGGCUUUGGAGGUCUCUACGGAGUGACAGGCAUAGAACCUGGCAGUAAUAUUAUAUUCCUCGGCUAUAAUGCCAACCUCAACCUCAACGAAACCAAGGCUACUUUGAAGCCGCUGACCGACUAUCUUCAAUCUCUGCCAGGCAGCGAGUCGAUGCUCCUGGAGUUCAAGACGCAGCCGAAUCAGUAUGCCGCACAGAACGACCCCGCAUUACUCGCUCUUCUUUUGCCUGAAGCUGGAGUUUCCUUGACUCGAUCAUCUAGAUUGGUGCCUAAGAAGAACUUCCAGACCGCGGAUGGCCAGAAGGCGAUUGUUGACGCCCUCAUGGCUAACAAGUUUGGCUGGGGGGCUGUCAUUGCAUCUCCAACCAACUAUACAUUGGCCGAGUCAGAUCAGCCUGGUGGCCCAGGCGAGGCUUCGGUAUCGCCAGCAUGGAGAGAUUCCAUGUGGCAUCUGACCUACGGAACCAAUUGGGAUCCAGCAGACCCGGUCGCCACAAGCCCUGAAGCUCUCGCGACCAUGUUUCAGGAAAUCAGCGAGGCAAUGGACCCCAUGCGUGCCAUUACGCCUGGCGCCGGAGCGUAUCAGAACGAGGCUGACGUUUAUGAGCCUGAUGCCAUCGGAUCUUUCUGGGGCGAAAAGAACUACGCCCGCUUGCUGGCUAUCAAGAAGCAGCUCGACCCAGAUAACUUGAUGUCGUGCUGGAACUGCAUUGGGUGGGAUGUGAAUGAUGAACGACAUGAGUGCUAUCUCAAUGUGAGAGGCAUUGGGCCAUCAAACUGA